GAGCCUUCUCUUCAACUUUCUCUCGUUUUCUUUUCUUUUCUUUUCUUUUCUUUUCUUUUCUCAUAAUUUAUCUAUCUUCUUCCUUAGAGAAAAAUUUGUAAGGAGUGAUGGGUAAGUACAGUGUUAUUGAGGAGAAGGCUCUUUAUAAUUACAAUCAUAAAUUGAUGAUAGAUAGCCUUGAAGAGAAAGUUUCUGUGUUUCUUGAUGAACCUAAUAUUAAUGAUAAUGAUGAUGAUGAUUAUGAGGAUUAUGGUGGUUUUGAUGAAUCUGGUGAUGCUAAUUUUGAGGAUUACUCCAUUGAAAGAGAUUUGUUUUGGGAAUCACAACAGGCCUUGCUUCAGGAAGUUGUGGAACGUUCUAGUGUAACAGGUAAAAAGUUGAGGGAGGAGAUUAAUAAAAUUAUAGAAUCAGCAAAAGAAAGCACAAUUUGUAAUUGCCAUAACCACAAGUCUAAUGCUUGUAUUAUUACCUGUUUAAGACAAAGGGUUGUCCGUUUGCUUUGUCAAAAAGGAUUAGAUGCUACUCUUUGCACUUCUAAGUGGAAUCACACUAAAAAGUUUCCAGGAGGGAAACACGAAUACAUUGAAGUGACCGUAAGCACAAGUGGGAGGAAGAAGCAAAUUACAUACAUAAUAGAAUUGGAAUUUCAGGACCAAUUUGAGAUAGCAAAAGCUUGUGAAGAAUACAAGAAACUCAUAUCCCAAUUACCAAAAUAUUACAUAGGAAAAGCUGAUUAUCUUAGUGCCAUAGUUAAUGUUGUAUGUGAAUCAGCAAAGAGAUCAAUGAAGGAGAAGAAAAUCCAUAUGGGUCCAUGGCGAAAGACGAGCUUUAUGCAAAUGAAAUGGUCAUCGACUUGUUCGGCACCUAUUGCUGAAUUUUCGUCGAGGCAGUCUCAUGAUUCUUGCUCGCAUUUAUCUACAUUGACAGUCACUUAGUAGUGCAAUAUUUUGAUAGAAAAAUUUUGCUGGAUAGGAGUUUGAAAUGAGUAUUUGUAAUUGAAUUUUUACGGCGGCUUAGGAGAUGAGUUGAGAUUUGAUAUUUCGGACUAGAAUGCAAGGACUCGAAUAUGAGUUAUGCCAACAUCUUAGCUGUAAUGUGGACUUUUUUAUGUGCAAUGCUUAUAGAGAGCAUGUUUAUGUUUGUGUCUCA